AUGAAGGACCUUCAGCACGACAACAUCGUCAACUUUCUUGGAGCUUGUGUCGAACUCGACAGGAUAUGCUACUUGAAUCAACAUUGUGCUAGGGGCAGCUUACAGGAAUUGUUGGCAGAUGCUCAGACGGGCAUCGAUUGGACCUUCAAACUCUCUUUCAUAACUGAUCUCACCAAAGGAAUGAUCUAUCUUCACAAAUCUUUCGUGGUACAACACGGCAGUUUGAACAGCAACGUCUGCCUUAUCGACAACAGGUGGGUCCUCAAAGUUGCAGGCUUUGGUCUAACGAUGUUCAAAACGGAAACGAAAGAAGAAACACCAAGCGAGAACUUCUACAGGGACCUCCUCUGGACUGCACCUGAGCAUCUGUUGGCAUCUUAUUCCAAAGCCAGCCAAGAAGGAGAUGUGUACAGUUUCGCCAUCGUUGUCUACGAGAUAUUGUACCGGUGCUUUCCGUACCAGUCCACAAAUCUCAAGUACAAAGAUAUAAUAACUCGCAUACAUAACUGCCAAGACGGAUCGUUUCGACCUUACUUGCCGUCUCUGGUCGAUUCCGAUGCAAAUCCAGCAAUUUUGGACCUGGUCAAGCAGAGCUGGUCCGAGGAUCCAGAGCUUCGUCCCAAGUUCGAUGCCAUCGAAAAGACCGUUAAAAAAUUGCAUAUUGGAAAAACGGACGGAAUAGUUGACAGCAUGUUGAAAAAGUUAGAAAAGUACGCCAACAAUCUGGAGUUAAUUGUGAAGCAGAGGACUCAGGAGCUGGUGGAUGAGAAGCGGAAGACUGAUCUUCUACUGAACAGCAUGCUUCCACCUUUUAUAGCAGAUGAAUUGAAGGCAGGCCGCAAGGUAGAACCGAAGAUGUACAAGAACGCCUCGGUGUAUUUCUCAGACAUCGUUGGGUUCACGACGUUGUCAUCUCAAAGCACUCCCAUGCAAAUUGUAGAUCUGCUUAAUGAUCUCUAUGGAGCAUUUGAUGAUACCAUCUCUAGGCAUAAUGUCUAUAAGGUUGAGACGAUAGGAGAUGCGUACAUGGUUGUGAGUGGUCUGCCUCAGGUAACAGAGCGCCAUGUCGUGGAAAUAUGCAACAUGGCAUUGGAUCUGCUGGGCAUCGUCAAGACCUUCAAGAUCAGACAUCGGCCUGAGAUGACACUCAUGUUGAGGAUUGGCAUUCAUUCGGGACCUUGUGCUGCCGGAGUGGUCGGUCACACGAUGCCUCGCUACUGCUUGUUUGGUGAUACGGUCAACACCGCAUCCAGGAUGGAGUCAACUGGUGAAGCGUUAAAAAUCCACUUGAGCACACCCGCCAGAGAUCAGCUGUUGAAAUUUCCAGGCUAUGUUGUUGAAUUGAGGGGUCUUACAGAUUUGAAAGGCAAAGGAAAUAUGGUGACAUAUUGGCUGUUGAGGAAAGAAUGA